AUGGUGGAGGCCAUAGUGGAGUUUGACUACCAGGCCCAGCACGACGAUGAGCUGACAAUCAGCGUGGGUGAGAUCAUCACCAACAUCAGGAAGGAAGAUGGAGGCUGGUGGGAGGGACAGAUCAAUGGCAGGAGAGGUUUGUUCCCUGACAACUUUGUAAGAGAAAUAAAGAAAGAGAUGAAGAAAGACCCUCUCUCCAGCAAAGCUCCAGAAAAGCCCAUGCACGAAGUGUCCAGUGGAAAUGCUUUGCUGUCUUCUGAAACAAUUCUGAGAACCAACAAGAGAGGUGAGCGUCGGAGGCGCCGGUGCCAGGUGGCGUUCAGCUACCUGCCCCAGAAUGAUGACGAGCUGGAGCUGAAAGUUGGUGACAUCAUAGAGGUGGUAGGAGAGGUAGAAGAAGGAUGGUGGGAAGGUGUUCUCAAUGGAAAGACUGGCAUGUUUCCUUCCAACUUCAUCAAGGAGCUGUCGGGAGAGUCAGAUGACCUCAGCAUUUCCCAGGAUGAGCAGCUCUCCAAGUCAAGUUUAAGGGAAACCACAGGCUCUGAGAGUGAUGGGGGUGACUCGAGCAGUACCAAAUCGGAAGGUGCCAAUGGGACAGUUGCAACUGCCGCAAUCCAGCCGAAGAAAGUUAAGGGAGUGGGUUUUGGAGAUAUUUUCAAAGACAAGCCAAUAAAGCUAAGACCAAGGUCGAUUGAAGUAGACAAUGACUUUCUGCCCGUGGAAAAGACUAUUGGAAAGAAGUUGCCUCCAGCUACAGCAGCUCAAGACUCAUCAAAAACAGAAAUGGACAGCAGGACAAAGACCAAGGAUUACUGCAAAGUAAUAUUUCCAUAUGAGGCACAGAAUGAUGAUGAAUUGACAAUCAAAGAAGGAGAUAUAGUCACUCUCAUCAAUAAGGAUUGCAUCGAUAUAGGCUGGUGGGAAGGAGAGCUCAACGGCAGACGAGGAGUGUUCCCUGAUAACUUCGUGAAGUUGCUGCCACCUGACUUUGAAAAGGAGGGGAAUAGACCCAAGAAGCCACCUCCUCCAUCCACUCCUGUCAUCAAACAAGGGGCAGGUACCACUGAGAGAAAACAUGAAAUUAAAAAGAUACCUCCUGAAAGACCAGAAACGCUUCCAAACAGAACAGAAGAAAAAGAAAGACCAGAGAGAGAGCCAAAACUGGAUUUACAGAAGCCUUCUGUUCCUGCCAUACCACCAAAAAAGCCAAGGCCGCCCAAGACCAAUUCUCUCAGCAGACCAGGCGCACUGCCUCCGAGGAGACCUGAACGACCAGUGGGUCCCCUGACCCACACCAGGGGUGACGGUGCAAAGAUCGACUUGGUUGGCAGUUCGCUAUCCGGCAUCUUGGACAAGGAUCUCUCGGACCGCAGCAAUGACAUCGACCUAGAAGGUUUUGACUCCGUGGUAUCAUCUACUGAGAAACUCAGUCACCCAACCACAAGCAGACCAAAAGCCACAGGGAGGCGGCCUCCGUCCCAGUCUCUCACAUCAUCUUCCCUUUCAAGCCCUGAUAUCUUUGACUCCCCAAGUCCCGAAGAAGAUAAAGAGGAACACGUUUCGCUUGCACACAGAGGAGUGGACACAUCAAAGAAAACUUCAAAGACUGUUACCAUAUCCCAAGUGUCUGACAACAAAGCACCCCUGCCACCCAAGCCAGGGACUAUGGCUGCAGUUGGUGGUGGCGGAUCAGCUACUCUGUCCUCGGUGGUACCCACCCCCCUGUCGUCCUCUUUGGGAACAGCCGGACACAGAGCCAACUCCCCAUCUCUGUUUGGCACGGAAGGAAAACCAAAGAUGGAGCCUGUGGCCAUUGGCCAAGCAGCCGUGGAGGAGCUAAGGACACAGGUCCGAGAACUGAGGAGCAUCAUCGAGACCAUGAAGGACCAGCAAAAACGAGAGAUUAAGCAGUUACUGUCAGAGUUGGAUGAAGAGAAGAAAAUCCGGCUUCGACUGCAGAUGGAAGUUAAUGACAUAAAGAAAGCUCUUCAAUCAAAAUGA